AUGCAGGCGAAGCUCCGUGAGUGGCGUAAGAUUAAAUCUCUGCCAGACACGUUCGUGAAAGACGUUGAUGCGGUGCUGGCCGUCUUCUCCGAACUAACUGACUUGCUGGAGGUGAACGUGGAGGGCCUGGCGCGUGUCAAUGGUGCUGGGACCGCCCAACGAGUCGCGUUACAACGACUCACCGACGCCUUAAACUCGGAACUCGAUAAACUUCAGGUACUCAAUGAUGUUUUUCAUACCUUAUGCUCAUCGCAUUCACGGGCCAAUUUUUUUAAACUAACAGGAGGCUUAUCGCAUUCUGGAGUUGACACGUUAACAUUUUGUCCACUGUCACUUUAUUAUGCCGGUUUGUUUGAUGGCGUCAAACGCAUGUCUUCUGUGCUUGAUUUGUGCCAUUCAUUUGCUUGUGCUACAAAUCAGAACCCGAAGAACUGUACCAAGUCGAAACACCUCCUCAUGAACAUAAACAAAUCGUGCGGUUUCGGCUGCCAGCUUCACCACGCUGCCCACUGCUUUCGACUCGCCGUCGCAACCAAUCGUGUCCUCCACUUGAUCACCGACGAGUAUUCCUAUUCCAAAAACGGCUUCUUCUCCGUGUUUCGCCCCCUCACUUCGUGCCCCUCUGUUAAAACUGGUGCUAACGGAAACCCUAUUACGUGGGCUCCUGGUUUUGAGAAUGCAGAUUACGUUUACUGUCCCAUUGUGGAACAAUUUCAUGAAAUACCACAAUACGCACCCCCAGCUGUGCCAACGUCAAUCGCCGAUGCCCUGGCGCAUCUUCAUGGGGCCCCGGCGAUCUGGUUUUCUGGCCAUCUCCUGGCCUAUAUCAUGCGGCUCAAGGAGGAGUCCGUUGAAAAGGUCGUCAGCAUGGUAAGGGGCACGCCGGACACCUCUCCUGUGGUUGGGGUUCAUAUUCGACGCACAGAUAAGGUAAGAGAAAUUAAAUCUGAAGCUGAAUUUCACAAACUGGAUGAAUAUAUGGUCUACGUUGAUCGCUACUUCGAUAAACUCGAUCUAAAGACACCAAUCACAAGACGUGUCUUCAUUGCGACCGAUGACCCUGAGGUGAUUGCCGAAGGAAAACCACGUUACGAAUUCAUUGGAGACGUUAAGCGUGCCCAGUCAGCAUCACUGGCUACUCGUUACACCCACGAAUCUCUCCUUGCCGUUAUCACAGACGUUGUGGCCCUAUCGCACACCGAUUACAUCGUUUGCACCUUUUCUUCGCAGGUAGGUUGCACGCAUAGGAUGGGGCAUCUUACUCGUCCAAUGCAGCUCGGUGAUGCUUCAACGCGUGCUCAGUCCCUUGAUGAUGGCUAUUACUACGGUGGUCAACAGACAUGGUACCAGGCAGCCAUUGUAGAUGAUAAAGAAGCUGGAAUCGAGGUCGGUGAUCUUGUGGCAACUUUAGGAAACCACUGGAACGGUUAUGCUAGGAUAAUUCCAACAAAGAGCAAGCGAGAACUGGUUCUGCCGGCGUACAGGUUUGAGGACCGCCUGCUAAAAGUGGAUUUUGCCCUUCAGGUAAACGUUUCAGUCUCCUAA